UAACACAGCAGUGGGUGAAGACAGUCUGGGCAGCCAGUGAACCGGCUCCCUGCAGCCCCUCCCGGUGCUCGGUGCUCGGGUGCCUCGUGUGUAUGCAAGGCGGUGGAGGAGGCUGGGCAGGCGAGAGCCUACUGCACAGCCCCAGAACCUUCCACUUGCUCAGGAUCACCGCGCAAUGGGAUACCAGGGACAGCCGCCCCUCAUCCCGCUGCAGAGAGAUCUAGAUGACAGAGAAACCCUUGUUUCUGAACACGAACAUACAAGGAAAUCUUGUCAGUCCGCUGCUGUUUUUAAUGUUGUGAACUCGAUUAUAGGAUCUGGUAUAAUAGGAUUGCCUUAUUCAAUGAAGCAAGCUGGGUUUCCUUUGGGAAUAUUGCUUUUAUUCUGGGUUUCAUAUAUUACAGACUUUUCCCUUAUUUUGUUGAUAAAAGGAGGGGCUCUUUCUGGAACAGACAGCUACCAGUCUUUGGUUAACAAAACCUUUGGUUUUCCGGGGUAUCUCCUCCUCUCUGUUCUACAGUUUUUAUAUCCAUUUAUAGCUAUGAUAAGUUAUAACAUAAUAGCUGGAGAUACUUUGAGCAAAGUUUUUCAAAGAAUUCCUGGAGUUGAUCCUGAGAAUGUAUUUAUUGGUCGUCACUUCAUUAUUGUGCUUUCCACGGUAACCUUUACUCUGCCUUUGUCCUUGUACCGAGAUAUAGCAAAGCUUGGAAAGAUCUCCUUUAUUUCUACAAUUUUAACAGUUGUAAUUCUUGGAAUUGUAAUGACAAGGGCAAUUUCACUGGGUCCACACAUACCCAAAAUGGAAGAUGCUUGGGUAUUUGCAAAGCCCAAUGCCAUUCAGGCUGUUGGGGUCAUGUCUUUUGCAUUUAUUUGCCACCAUAACUGCUUCUUAGUCUAUGGUUCUUUGGAAGAAGCCACAGUAGCAAAAUGGUCCCGCAUCAUCCAUAUGUCCAUCUUGGUUUCUGUAUUUAUCUGUGUGCUCUUUGCUACGUGUGGAUACUUGACUUUCACUGGCUUUACCCAAGGGGACUUAUUUGAAAAUUAUUGCAGAAGUGAUGACCUGGUAACCUUUGGAAGGUUUUGCUAUGGCAUAACUGUCAUUUUGACAUACCCAAUCGAAUGCUUUGUAACUAGAGAGGUCAUUGCCAACGUGUUUUUUGGAGGGACUCUUUCAUCAUUUUUCCAUGUGCUUAUAACAGUGGUUAUAAUUAUGAUAGCCACAUUGGUUUCAUUGCUGAUUGAUUGCCUUGGAAUAGUUUUAGAACUCAAUGGUGUGCUCUGUGCAGCUCCUCUGAUUUUUAUCAUCCCCUCAGCAUGUUAUCUGAAACUGUCAGAAGAACCAAGGACACACUCAGAUAAGAUUGUGUCCUGUGUCAUGCUUCCCAUUGGUGCUGUGGUCAUGAUUUUUGGAUUCAUCAUGGCUAUCACAAAUCCUCAGGACUGUACCCAUGGGCAGGAGAUGUUCUACUGCUUUCCUGACAAUGUCUCCUUCACAAACAUCUCAGAUUCUCAUUUUCAACUGACAACCCAACUUUCCAUUUUAAACAUCAGCUUCUUUCAAUGAGUUGACAGCUUUAAAAAUAUGCUUGUUUUCAUAGACUUCUAAACCACUUAAUAAUAUUCACAUUUGUCUCUAUUUAUAUGAUAAAAUGAUCAUUUGGGCAUUUAUCAAGACUUGUGUUUGUUUAUUCUUCAGUGCAAUGUAAAAGAUAAAGAAAACUGAAUAUAUUUUACUGUAAAUUAGAACAAAUGCUUCAUUCUUCUGACCUCAGUACACUGAUGUUAAUUGAGGAAAGAAAAGUGAAGCCUUUAAUGUUUGCUGCAAUCUCAUCAAAGCAUUACUCUUUUUACUUAUCAUGUGAGCCAAGAUACUGUGCUCCAAAAUAUGUAGGUGAUUAUGAGUUGGAUUUUUGUGUAUGUGUCCUUCAGGACAGAGAAAAAAAAAGUCUUUAAAGUAUAUAGAAUCGAAGCAAGUGGGAAGCUAAACAAUUAAAAAGAAUGAUUAUCUGAAGAACAAACAGAAGCUAUUAUAACUUUAGUAGCAUCUCUUGUUUAGGGAAAAGUGGAUCCCUGGAGUAAAAUGCUCCCACUGUUAAGAAGCUUGAAUAAUAGAUCUGAUGUGCAGACCCAGGUGUGUGAGGAAGCAAAAUCACCUCCCAAUUUUUGAUGUUGUGGGACUAUGAUGUUCACAUUAUUAUAAAAACAGAACACACACAUGUAUUGUUCUGAAGCAUGAGCCUUAAAGACUAUUUGUGCAUCAAAUUUGGAACUCUUGAAUUUGCAGUGCUGGCAGGAAGAUACAAUGAGAAGCUGAACUGCAUGACUAGAAGCUGCAGUAAGAAUCAGAGCUACACAAGAGGUAUCAUCUCUCUCCUCAGAGAUAUGUUGGAAGCUCUUACUGACUAGGUCCUUUGGAAGUAGAUGCUGAAAUAGGGUUUCUCCUGCAGGGUAUUGACCAGGAAUCAUAACUAGUGAGAGGGAGGGAGAAACAGGAUUGGAAAGGAAAAACAGAACUGCAAUGCAAGCUGGCGAAGCCUCCUUCGAGUUCACGGAAAAUCUGGAGCACAUAGGACCCAUCAGAGUUCUCUCAGUUCAGAGUAAAUAGCCAUAGUACUGCUGCCUCCAUCAGUGGGAAUGCAAAUGGACACCUGGGGAAGGAAGAGCCCUUGGGCUAGGCAGCUCUCUGCAGCUGAGCACUGGACAGGAAGUGAGAGCAGGAGAUUAGCUUCUGCUGAUAGCUGGGGCACCACAAGCUUCCUUCUUAGGGGAGGUCUGGAAGGCACAGCUGUGUCCACCACAGAUGCCCUGAAUUUUUACUGAAGACUUGUAUACAUUUUAAUGAGAAUUUCACAUUUUCAUAUUGAUGAUGAUCUUUAAAAAAACCAGUGCAACAUUGCUUUCAUUUUCAUUAUAGUCUGUACUAUAAUUUAUCACAAUUAUACUGAUAGUCCCUGCAAUUAAUAUCAAAGUCAAGAAAACUCACCGAUGAGCUAUUGCAUUUAACAAGCAGGAGUCCUUGACUUCUAUGGGAAAAAACGUAAUCUUUCUCUGUUUUUUUAAUUUACAUAUGACAGCGGAAUGCAAUAAAAUUCUUAUUACACAUA